CCAAAACGUGUUUGCCUGCGACAUUUAAACGCGACUUUGAUUAGGAUAUUUUUGUUGCACUAUCAAAACCCCAUAGCUGAUAAACCCUAUAAUUUUCAGCUGAUAAACGCAACUCUGUUUUUUUCAUGAACAUUCCAUGGCCAUUUCAACAGGCCUCGGAUUUUCUCGCCUUCCCCAUUUCCAUCUCUGCUCUCCUUUGCGUCAGCACUUUCUGAAGUUUAUGCAGGUAAGACUGGGCUGUGCUGCAGCAAUUGAAGCAUUUGAUGAUACAGAGAGUGAAAAAGUUUUUGAAAAUGUGAGUGAUGCUGUUCGACAUAGAAGGACUGUGGAAUGGAAGAAAGUGAAUUCUAAUGAUCUUGGAAUUAGUAAUUCGAAAAUUUCAAGGUCCACAAGAGUGGUUCUUAAUGGUCUGAAAAGAAAAGGCUUUGAAGUUUACCUUGUUGGAGGAUGUGUAAGGGACCUCAUCUUAAGACGAACGCCGAAGGAUUUUGAUAUUUUAACCUCAGCAGAAUUGAAAGAGGUGAUGAGAACAUUCUCUCGAUGUGAAAUAGUUGGGAGACGUUUCCCCAUCUGCCAUGUGCACAUUGAUGAUAUAGUUGUGGAGGUAUCAAGCAUUAGCACCCGUGUAACAAAGUUUGGAAGUGACUUCGGUUUUGAUCCUGAGAAGCCUGUUGAAUGCGAUGAGAAGGACUACAUUCGUUGGAAAAAUUGCAUGGAGCGAGACUUUACAAUCAAUGGAUUGAUGUUUGACCCAUAUGCGAAAUUGGUGUACGACUACCUGGGCGGAGUUGAUGAUCUUAGGAAAGCUAAAUUGCGAACCAUUAAACCUGCCAGCAUCUCUUUGACAGAGGAUUGUGCUCGUAUUCUUCGUGCAGUUAGAAUUGCUGCCCGUUUGGAUUUUCGCUUUGCAAAAGAGACAGGUAUUGCAGUGAAAAGGUUAUCCUCUUCAGUUCUCCGGCUUGAUCGGGGGAGGCUUCUCAUGGAAAUGAAUUACAUGAUGGCAUAUGGUUCUGCGGAAGCCUCAUUGAGAUUAUUAUGGAGAAUUGGUCUCUUGGAAAUACUUCUACCAAUUCAGGCAGCAUAUUUUGUUCGCUAUGGCUUUCGGAGGCGUGACAAGCGGUAUAACAUGCUUUUGUCUUUGUUCUCCAACCUAGAUAAACUUCUGGCACCAGACAGGCCUUGUCAUAGUAGCUUAUGGGUUGCAAUCUUCGCAUUCCACAAAGCACUAGAGAAUCAACCAAGAGAUCCUUUAGUGGUUGCUGCAUUUAGCCUUGCUGUUUACAAUGGUGGAGACUUGUCAGAAGCUUUGAGUAUAGCAAGACGAAUCUCCAAACGACAUGACACGAGUUUUCAUGAAAUAUCGGAACCUCAAUCUUUUGAUUCAGAUGCACUAUGGGAUGAGGUCAAGCAUUUGGCAGCUUCAGUUCAAGGUGCACUGAUUAAUAUGACAGACGAGUAUUUUGUCUCCCGGGCAAUGGCUGAAUAUCCCAAAGCACCACGCUCCGAUCUGGUGUAUAUACCAUUAGCACUUUAUUUGAGGGUGUGCAAGAUUUUUGAAUGCGUUCGAGGGGGAAAAGAAAAGGGAUUUGUAUCAAAGCAGGGAAGUAAGAUUGAUUACGAGUUGUUAGCUUUGGGAAGUUUGAAAGAAGUUCGGCAUGUAUUUGCAAGAGUUGUUUUCGAUACCAUAUACCCUUUAGACCUGAAAUAAUUAGUUGCAUACAAGACAAAAAUAUGGGGUUGAUACAAGGAAGCAAAUCUAUUCAUUCUUUUGUUUCGUCCAUGAAAGAACUUGUGCACCUUCUGCAAGGAGGGAGUUGGCAGUUUCAAGUUCAGAAUCGAGGUGUUGAGCCGACUACAGACCUUUGUACUAUGAUUUCAACCUGAAGCUGAUUCUUGAAGAAAAGUUUAGUAAUUGAGGAGCUAUCUGUUGGUUAUCGAAGUCGAGUCACAUCAAGUUGAUAUUGAUUCCAACCAUUUGAAUUUUUAAUUGAGACGGAAGGAAGAAACCUUUCUUAUUUUUGUUCACUGUAUUGAACUUUCUUGUGUUGUACAAGAAUUUUGAAAGUAGUUGAUUGGUAAUUGUUUAGUAAGUUCAUAGAUAAACUACACGUGAAUGAUAUUGUCCUCUCUUGGAAAGAAGGCAAAUAACAUUUUUUGAGUUUAAUGCUUCGAGCCUUCGGGGUGCUUAA